ACGGUGCUCAGGGGCUCCAAACUCGGGCUGCCGGGGCAAGUGUCUUCAUGAACCCAGAGGAUGUCCGGGAAGCAUUACAAGGGUCCUGAAGUCAGUUGUUGCAUCAAAUAUUUCAUAUUUGGCUUCAAUGUCAUAUUUUGGUUUUUGGGAAUAGCAUUUCUUGGAAUUGGACUGUGGGCGUGGAAUGAAAAAUUUUCUGUCUUCCUGGGAAUCAUUUUCUUCCUGGAGCUCACUGCCGGGGUUCUGGCAUUCGUUUUCAAAGACUGGAUCAAAGACCAGCUGUAUUUCUUUAUAAACAACAACAUCAGAGCGUACAGGGAUGACAUUGAUUUGCAAAACCUCAUAGACUUCACCCAGGAAUAUUGGCAGUGCUGUGGGGCUUUUGGAGCUGAUGAUUGGAACCUAAAUAUUUACUUCAAUUGCACAGAUUCCAAUGCAAGUCGAGAGCGAUGCGGCGUGCCCUUCUCCUGCUGUACUAAAGACCCCGCAGAAGAUGUCAUCAACACUCAGUGUGGCUAUGAUGCCAGGCAAAAACCAGAAGUCGAUCAGCAGAUUGUAAUCUACACGAAAGGCUGUGUGCCCCAGUUUGAGAAGUGGUUGCAGGACAACUUAACCAUUGUGGCUGGUAUUUUCAUAGGCAUUGCAUUGCUACAGAUUUUUGGGAUCUGCCUGGCCCAGAACCUGGUGAGUGAUAUUGAAGCUGUCAGGGCUAGCUGGUAGAGCGCCUGCAACAGCUGCCUCCAGACACUGGACAGACCCCGCCUUCCUGACCCUCCAGUGCGCCCAACUGAUACCCAUGCUGCACGGACCCUAAUCACAGAGGCAUCCUGCGAUCCCACCUGAUGGAGCUGCCAUCAGAACUUAGUUUUUUGGGGGGUAGAACUGGGAAAUGCUGCUCACUGACAGAAUUAAAAAAAAAAAAAAAUUAACCAGUAUGAAAGUCGUUGCGCCGUGAAUCUCUAUUGUAGCCAUGAAUUUCUGGACGGUUGGAUACUUACCAAAUGAGAAAAAAAGGGAGGGUGGGGGACCCAGAUGUACUGAAUUUGUGGAAAAGGCUUGUUCUCUGCUUCGGUAGUUGGAGGGCUGCCUCCUGUGCCAUGGCCUGAGGAAGUGCGUCUUUUCUAAAACUCAGCCCCUUACCUGGGAGGGCUGUGGUUUCAUUUCAAGGAACUGCUACAACCAUGGUCCCAAGAAGAAAACAGCUUGCCUUUGGGUUCAGAUUUUGUGACCGCCUUCAACAAGGAGCUUGUGUGGGCACGUCUGGUCUCUCCUGAAGUUUCUCCUCGUAAGAGAAGUUGGAUAUUCCUUGUGUGCUGAGCAGGGCUCUGGAACACUUCAUGAUGCUGAAUUUUAGCAGGACAGAUCUCUUUUCUCAGUAGGCCUGAGCUUUAUUUAUCAAUGAAAUCCAAGGAGAAAAUGAGGUUAAUGAAGAGGUAGUAAAUACUGCAGCCUACCAAAUUAGUCGUUGGAUUCUUUGGAAACUCUGGAAUACUAUGGGUUUCGUUUUGUUGUGGGUGUUUUUUUGUUUUUGUUUUCUUCCAAAAGUGAAAGCUAUGAUACAGUUUCUUAAAUUUUAAAGAUUUUUUUUUACUCAGCUCGAAUAUUAAUUUUUUAUAUAAUCUCCCUGCAUGACCUGUGAAUCAAUCCACCAACUCCUUUACCUGCCGUCUUUUCUACAAACCUUUAAAAACGUUAUUCGGUCAGCGUUGAUUUCGUGGGUUCACAGCCUUUAGAGAUGUGUCCUCCCUGUCUGCGAAGGAUCCAUCUGGGCCAUCGCAGAUGCUUCUGUGGACUCAACACUCUCUGAACCGUGUCGGUUGAUCAUCCUGGCCUCUUCUGCAGCCUCCCCGUCUUUCUCUUUGAAGGGAAUUAAACCCAAUUCUGAAAUGAUGUGGACACAAUCAAAGCUUCUGAUGGUUUCUUUCUUCUGGUUUUAGUUCGUUUUUAUUAAAAACAAAUGAAAACAAAAACAAAAAAAAACCCAGCGUGCAUGGCCAGAGCUCCUUCUUUUCUUAGUACAGACUCACCUUCAGGAUGGUAACAAAGCACAAACUCUUUGGAGGGGAGAGCAUUGAUGGGGCGAGUGUUCUGUGACACAAGGUGGGAAACACUUCCAGAUACUGCCACCUGCCCCCAUUCCAGGUGGGAGGGACGAGUUUUGCCCCCAGAUUUUAAUCAUCCAGGUCCACCAGGAUGUCGCACCCCCUGGGGAGGAGAUGUUAGUCUGUGGAACACUGGGAAGACCACAGGUGUAUUUUACGGUGAUGACACACUUACCAACACAGAACUGGGCAGCCAGCUAGCAUAGUUGGUGGAAACUUAGCAAGGUUUUCCAUUUCAGCCCCAUGUUGCAUCGCUGUGGCUGAUGAAUGUGUCCAUCUGCUCAGAGAAAGGACAAAAAUUCUUUGAAAAUCUAGGCUCCAGAGUUAAGGUGUGUAUGACUCUGCAUGUGUGUGUUUCUGUGUCUCUGUGUAGUUAGAGAUGUUCGUUCCAUAUUCUGGCUGUAAGAUUAUUUUGUUUCAUCUCUGCCCCCACCACUGUUGCCAUUCCGUAUUGUCAUUCCAACAUGGAGAAGACUUGAGCUCUCCAGUUGGCACUCUUGUCUUGUUUGUUACCUCAUUCUCCAGUGAACUCCACCUGACCAGUUGAUUAAGAAUCAGGCGAGCUUCCCACCCUUUGGCACAUCCAGUGAAAGGCCAAACAGCAAGUCCAAGUGAGUUCUAAAUUUUAAUUAAUCACCCUUUAUUUUUUACACUUGAGAGUGGUUGUAAUUAAAGGUUGUCAUUAAUAAACUUGGUUCUACCUUA